AUGAAGUUCUCAGUCGUUGUCGCGCCUCUAGCGCUGCUCCUCAACGCCGUCGCCAUUUCCGCCCAGGGCACACAAGCCGUUCGCGCCGUCACUUUCAACAUCCGCUACGACGCAGGCUCUCGUGAGUCGGGCGAAAAGCCCUGGUGGGAUGCUUUCUGCUGGGCCUCUGCGUCGCGUUGCCGCCAGCCACACGUCAUCAACCAGCUGUCCCAGAUCGCGGCCGGCGCCCCCUCAGGCGCAGUCACCGUCAUUGGUCUGCAGGAGGUCCUCAACAACCAGCUGAACGACAUCAAGAACGGGCUCGGAUCCGGCUGGUCGCACAUUGGCGUCGGGCGCGACGACGGCCGCACCAAUGGCGAGUUUUCGCCCAUACUGUACCGGCCUGCUGCUCUACGCGUGCUCUUCUCGGAGACAAAGUGGCUUUCCCCGACCCCGGACGUCGUGUCGUUCGGAUGGGGCGCCGGCUCCAGACGUGUCGUGACUCUCGCCGUCUUCGAGUCUGUCACCACAGGCAAGCGCUUCAUCACGCCAACACGCACCUCGACAACACUGGCCGGCGACGCCUAUCAGACGCUCCUCAACAGCGGGUACGCGCAAGAUCUCUACAACUUGGCGACGCCGGCGCAGAGGAUCGGACCGUACGGUAACACCUACACGACGUUCACUGCGGGCGCGCCCACGAGCCGCAUUGACUUUAUCUGGCUUGGGCCGGUGGCGGACAGGAGGUACUCUGUGCAGCGAUACGAGAUCCUGAGCAAUGAGGCCAGCGGGAUGCUCUUCAGCGACCACAGGGCUGUCGUGGGAGACGUCACGCUGCUUUGA